CGGAAGCAAAAGGACCAAUUACUCGAACUCAGGAAAUGUUUUGGUCGGCCACCGAGUUGUAGCGCCACAUGGACGUUGUAAACAUGAGCUGGCGGGUUGCUAACAUACUACCUUGUAGUAUAAAUACAUCGUCUAUCUUGCAUUAAAAUAAUGCAUUAUUCAUUCGUAUGAAGCAAAACAGUAGCUUUUAAUAUAGACAGUCUGUUGACUGUAACUCACUGACGGCAUUUCAGUCGUAGCUAUAGACAUUUCCUUGUAGCAUAGUGAAGCCUAUAGUUGACCACCUCAGUAACUGUUUACAUCCCUGGAUGGUAGCGACGUUUACAUGCUUCUCUCGAACGUUAGAAGCGAAAUAUGUUUCUGAAAUUGUUGGCAGUAGAUGCAUCGGAUCGAGGCUCGCAGAGAUGCAGACUCGGUCCAGGCUUGUUAUCAGCCCUGGGCUUGAGUCUGGGCUCCCCGCUGCUGGUGUCUUUUCCUGGGGGAAACUGUCUGUGUGCCGCCUGGCCUCGGCCUGACCUUGCCGAGGGCUUCCUGCAGGUGGACAUGAAGUGCUGUUCUCCAGGUCUGAUCCGUCAUCCACCUUCACGGCUAACCCUGGACCCCCAGCAGCAGCUCACACAUGUACCCUGUCCCAAACUGAAAGGCAUGAAAUUAAGCGUGGUCGUGCAGUCUGUUGAGUUUAGAAGAAAUGCACCUCCCCGACUUGUUCAUGAGCUUGUAAAAGACAUGCUGAAGGGAGCCUUGGUGCAUAGGAAUCACGUUGUAAACCUUGAGGAUUUUGACACAGACAUUAAAUAUGUUGUCAUUGAAAGCAUCUAUCCGGAUACUAACACAGCUGGACUUGUUACCUCCAAAACUGGUAUGGAAAUCGCUGACAUCCAGACUGUCCGGCACUUCACAACGCGUCUUCAGGACCAGGACACAGUGUCUCUGGGGGGACUGGAGGAGGUGAGUGCGUUGCUGAUGGAGAUGCUGCAGCUGCCAUUGCUCUAUCCAGGCACUCUUGGUUCUAUGGGUGUGUCUUGUCCAAGAGGCUUGCUGCUGGUUGGGCCUCCAGGUGUUGGGAAGACCCAGCUGGUGCGCAAAGUGGUGGGAGAAGUGGGAGCAAGCCUGGUCGUGGUAAGAGGGCCAGAGGUGGUGGGGUCCCGACCAGGUGAGAGCGAGGAGAGGUUGCGAGCCAUGUUUGUGCAGGCUCGCGCCGCAGCAGAGGAGGGUCCAUGCGUGCUGUUCUUAGACGAGUUGGACUCUCUGUGUCCGAGAAGGACUGGGUCGUCAGCACCAGAGAACCGCCUGGUGGCUCAGCUCCUCACACUAAUGGACGGGGUGGACCAGUCAGAUCGAUUCCUGGUUGUCGGUGCCACCAACCGACCGGACAGCUUAGACCCAGCACUGCGCAGGCCUGGAAGAUUUGACAGAGAGGUUGUCAUCGGGGUUCCCACCUUGCAGCAGAGAGCUGCUAUCUUGUCUGUUCUUUGUGAAAAGAUGCCAGUUUGUCCCAGUGUGGAGAUAGCAGAACUGGCAAAGAGGACCACAGGUUAUGUCGGUUCGGACCUCAGCGCCCUCUGCAGAGAGGCCGCCAUGCACGCUAUACUGGAAAAUGCAAAGGGUUCGGGAGAGCAGGUAGUGGGUAUGAAGCAUUUCCUGGAGGCUCUGAAGUUGGUGCAGCCCUCCUGCCUGCGUAGCAGCCUGGGGAGGACAGACAUCUCUCCAGUAACUUGGGACCAAAUCGGAGGCCUUGAGGAGAUCAAACUGAAACUAAGACAGAGUAUUGAGUGGCCGAUGAUGUACCCCGAGGCUUUUACCCGUCUAGGUCUGUGUAGCCCUCGUGGUGUUCUUCUAUAUGGCCCUCCAGGAUGUUCUAAGACGUCGCUGGUCCGAGCAACAGCCUCCGGCUCCCACUGCACCUUCUUGUCUGUCAGUGGUGCUGACCUCUACUCUCCCUAUGUGGGAGACUCAGAGAAGGCUUUGUCACAGUUGUUUCGCCAGGCACGGGCCUGCGCUCCUUGCAUCUUGUUCCUCGACGAGAUUGACUCUCUGAUUGGCUCGCGGUCCUGCAGUCAGGCACCUAAUGGCGUUCAGACUCGACUCUUAUCUGUGCUUCUCAAUGAGAUGGACGGUGUCGGUCUGAAGACGCUGGAAAGGAGAGGAGAGCAGAAGAUCCUCCAAGUAGACGGAGAAAUGGGAAACCACACUAAGAAGCAGUUGGUCUGCCAGGAGGUGUGUAACAAAGAUGUGAUGGUUGUAGCAGCCACAAACAGACCAGACUGUUUGGACAGUGCUCUACUGAGGCCUGGCAGACUGGACCAAAUUAUCUACGUACCACCACCAGACCAGCAGGCCCGUCUCGCCAUCCUGAAAGUGUGCACAAAGUCCAUGCCUGUGGGUCCUGACGUAUGUUUGGAGGAGCUGGCUGCUAAGACUGAUCUUUACUCUGGAGCUGACCUGGAAAGUCUUUGUAAAGAGUCUGCACUGCUGGCGUUGUUCGAAGAAAACAUGGAAGCUUCGUCCAUCAAGCACACACACUUCCUGCAGUCCCUCAAGAAAAUGACACCUUCUCUCACGGCCCAGCAAAUCCAAACAUACCAAACAGCUGCCAGAUAACAUUAUUAAAAAAUGUACACUUACACCAACAUUUAUUUUUAUUAAAAAAUAUACAACCUGCACUUUAGUGGCUUGUAUUUUCUCUUUCACUUCCAUCU